AAUGAACUCUGCAGUCUGCUCUCUCUAAAGCCUCUCCUCAGACAGGAUUUCUCUUGAAGCGGGGCAUCACACAAGAGACAAGGCAAAGCCUUCAGAAUUCAAGCUUUACAGAAGCAGCCAUGGGGCAAGAGAUGCUGGUUAAUGGGUUCUGCAAGGUUGAUAAGGAUGGUGGUCCAAGAACCAACGGCAAGAUCUGCAGAAACCCAGUUGGGUUGUCCCGAAUUUCGAUGUCAGAUACCCAUGGAGAAGAUUCCCCUUAUUUUGCAGGGUGGAAGGCCUACGAUCAGGACCCUUAUGAUGCAGUCAAGAACCCAUCAGGGGUCAUCCAGAUGGGAUUAGCAGAGAACCAGGUCUCAUUUGAUUUGUUGGAAGAACAGUUGUUUUCUCAAGGCAAGUCUUCGGACUGGGGAAGUGGCAUAUCAAAUUUCAGAGAGACCGCACUGUUUCAAGAUUACCAUGGGCUCCAGGUUUUCAGACAGGCGAUGGCUGCUUUCAUGGAGGACAUAAGAGGAGGAAGAGUUAAAUUUGAUCCUGACAGGAUUGUUCUCACAGCUGGAGCAACUGCAGCCAAUGAGUUACUGACGUUUAGCUUGGCUGACCCAGGAGAAGCUUUCCUUGUACCGACUCCAUACUAUCCAGGGUUUGACAGAGAUAUCAGAUGGAGAACAGGAGUGAAGAUAGUCCCGGUGCACUGUGAAAGCUCAAACAACUUCACAAUCACAAGGGAAGCCUUAGAAAAUGCGUACAGGGAAGCAGAAGACAUGAACAUCACUGUGAAAGGCAUUCUCAUAACAAAUCCAUCAAACCCACUCGGCAUAACCAUCCAGAAACCUGUUCUUGAAGAGAUUCUCGACUUCUCGGUGGAGAAAAACAUUCACCUGAUCUCUGAUGAAAUCUACUCAGGCUCUGUUUUCCAGGAACCUGAAUUCACCAGCGUUGCCGAGGUGUUGAGUUCCAGAGACUACCAAGGCUGUGAAAGAGUUCACAUAGUUUACAGCCUCUCCAAGGACUUGGGCCUCCCUGGAUUCCGGGUGGGAGCUCUAUACUCCUACAACAACAGAGUGGUGGAGACAUGCAGAAGAAUGUCAAGCUUCAGCUUGGUCUCCUCUCAAACACAAAGCCUUCUUGCCUCCAUGCUAUCAAACUCAAAAUUCCGAAAGAGUUACAUAGAGACCAACAGGAAGAGACUGAAAGAGAGGUAUGAGAUCUUUGUGAAUGGAAUAAAGAAAGCUGGGAUUGGGUGCUUGAAGGGCAAUGCUGGGCUUUUCUGCUGGAUCAACCUCAGCCCACUGCUGAAGACCCAAACCAGGGAAGGAGAGAUAGAUCUGUGGAACUCCAUACUGCAUGAAGCAAAAUUGAACGUCUCUCCAGGUUCAUCGUGUCAUUGCUCUGACCCAGGUUGGUUCAGGGUGUGCUUUGCCAACAUGAGCCACCAGACACUGAAAAUUGCACUGAACCGGAUACAGGCAUUCGUGGAGAAGCAGAAACUGAAGCACCCAUCUCCAUGAAAUUCUGCAAAAUGCAGAGGAAUUACUGGAGAACAAGAAUUUGCAACACCCAAGUGCAUAGAAAUUCUUCAACCCCUUAAUUUAUUCUUUUUACCUUGAUGUUCAAAGGAAGUUAUAAUAAAAUUAAUAAUGGGAAUUCUAAACAUAGAAAUGUAAAGAAAUUAAUUUACUUGUAUUACAUAUUGUGGGAGUCAUGGUAAAGUUAUACAGGAACUGUAAAACUGUGACUGUAAGAAUGUGACGGAUUUGGGAACAUGAUUUGUU